AUGAAUGAAACUUACAACAGUCAAGAACCAAACAACGCCAUGUUUUACAACAACAACUCGACGCCGUCCAAUGAUGCACAGUCCCAAAAUAAUAACAAUUCCACAGGCAACAGCUCUGUUGUCAAUGCUGCUGCUUCCAUGCAUGCCAAUAACGGCAACCACAAUAAUGAUAAUAUAAACACCAACGACAGCAUUAACGAAAAUAAUAACAACAAUAACGGUAAUAAUAAUAGCAACAGCAGCGGUAAUACCAAUAACAACAACAAAAAUAAAGGUAAGAAUAAAAACAAUAGUGGGAAUAGCAACAAUCACACGGUCAAUGAGUUAUAUGGACUCAUACAUAAUUUGCAAAGCCAGUUUGCUCAUUAUCAAAACACUCAGUUCAAUCAAUUGAUGAUGAAAAUAUCGUUUCUCCACGACUCCAUGGAUCAUAUGAAACUGCAAGUGAAUGAUCUAAGUCAGCAAGUGUUAUUUCUUGCUAAAAAUAGUGGUAUGAUAUCAGGUACAAACAGUAACCCCAAUUCUACUUUUAACAAUCAAUUCAAGGCUUUUGAAGUAUUUACUAAACAUCUCAACGAAUUGAACAAAGAAAUUGAAGAGAUUUCAAGUAGCUCACAGGGGAUGCAAAAUCAACUGCAACAACAGCAACAACAGCAGCAGCAGCAGCAGCAGCAGCUUCAUCAACCACAUCACCAGGCACAGAUACCUCCACCGCCUUCGCAUCCGCCACAACAGACUUUGCAAUUACAAUCAAACCACUCGCAGUUUCAGGGACCAUCGGUACAUCUCGGUGUGCCCCUGAACAGUAAUGGCCCACCAGCUAGUCAAUUUGAUGAAGAGGUCGAUAGUAUCACAAGAAAAGGUCUAUCAUUGCGGUCACCAGCCAAUUCGUCUCCAAACCCGACAUCACACUAUGUGUUUGAUGUUGGACCGUUUGCAUCGAGAAACAUGAAUGGUAAUAAUGCGAACAAUUUGUAUGAUAAAGGACCCACCACUUCAGUAAUUCGUCCUAACAAGAAACGAAGAAAACAACAGAAGAACUCCCAGGAAGAUACUCCUGCCAAUGAACCAGAAUCGACGCUACAGCUGCAAAGAAGAUUACCUGUACAGCAACAGUCAAGACAGACACUUGCACAAUCUUCGUCAACAUAUCCAAACUCAUACAUUCUUCCUAUGCCUCCUUUACUUAGUGAUGAUAAGCUAGGGCAAAAUCUGGGUUCUUCUACAAAUAAUGACCCAACUCAAUUUAUGUUACAACGUGAUAACGGCACUGUGAUGACAUCUGCAUUGAGACAACCUCCAAACCAUACGCGCCCGCCACCAAACCAACAAACAGCUUCAGGAUUUUCCUUUGAUGACGAGAUUGACUCUAUAGACCAGUUAGAAAACGACAAACAAAACGAGGGUAGUUCAUCAGAAAGUGCUAAGCGAACUUCCAAGAAACGGAAACAAUCUGAAUCUGGAAAAAUGACAAUUUCUGUUAAUCCAUUAAAUAUACCACAAUAUAAACUAGAAAGAAGUCUUAAAUCAUUAGCAGAAAUCUGGAAGGAAUACGCCCAUGGGUUAAACAACAAGCCUCCUUUGAAAUCUUUAGAAACCAAGUAUGGAACUAAAUGGAGAAACGAAACAGAGUCGAGAACGUUUUUAAGAAGGAAAAAAAUAUAUGAAGCUAUUGAAAUAGGGAUCAGUAAAGGGUAUACAGAAGAUGAAGUGAUUCAAGAAUUAGAAAUGCACAGGAGCUAUAACAAAAAUGGAGUCAUCAAGCGGAAACCAUUACUGUGGUUAAGCUCAAACAUGCCUGAAAAGUUCAAUUCACCAACAUAA